AUGCUGAAGCAGCACAGGUGUGCCACAGGCCCCCCACGCCUGCAGUACUUGCUGGAGCCCCUCCACGCUGCAGUGCACACACAGCGGGGUGCCACGGCCACCCUGCCCUGUGUCCUGCGUGCCCUGCCCCGCAACUACCGGGUGAAGUGGAGCAAGGUGGAGCCAGCCAACUACCGGGAGAGCAUCAUCAUCAUCACCAACGGGCUGUACCACAAGAACUAUGGGCCACUGAGCCCGCGGGUGCACCUGCGGCACAGCCACCGCUACGAUGCCUCACUCACCAUCACCGACGUGGCUCUGGAGGAUGAGGGACGCUACCGCUGCCAGCUCGUCAAUGGGCUGGAAGAUGAGAGCGUCUCACUCACGCUGCACCUUGAAGGCGUUGUCUUCCCCUACCAGCCCAGCAACGGGCGCUACAAAUUCAACUACCACGAAGCCAAGCGAGCCUGUGAGCAGCAGGACUCCCGCCUCGCCACCUACCAGCAGCUCUACAAAGCCUGGACAGAGGGUCUGGACUGGUGCAACGCUGGCUGGAUCCUCGAUGGGACUGUCCACUACCCCAUCAUCAACUCGCGGGAGCCGUGCGGUGGCCGCCUCCUCCUGCCAGGUGUCCGGACCUACGGGGCCAGGGACAAGCAGAAGGACCGAUUCGAUGCUUUCUGCUUCACCUCUGCUCUUCAAGGACAGGUCUACUUCAUCCGGGGCCACCUGAACUUCAAGGAGGCCGGGCAAGCGUGCCGCAACCACGGGGCUGCCAUUGCCAAAGUGGGGCAGCUCUACUCUGCCUGGAAGUUUUCCCAGCUGGAUCGCUGUGAUGGGGGGUGGCUGGCGGACGGCAGUGUGCGGUACCCCAUCACCACCCCCCGCGAGCGCUGUGGGGGGCUGCCGGACCCUGGCGUCCGCAGCUUUGGCUUUCCCAGCAAGGAGCUGCGGACCUAUGGCACCUACUGCUUUGUGGGGAAGUAG